CGCGGUCGGUGGUUCAAACAGAUGCACAUUGGAUUUCUUCGUAGUCAGAUGUCGGUCAUUGCUCGUGAUAACAUUUAAUCGUGCGUAACAUAACGUUGAGCAAAUAACUUGAAGACAAAGUUUUUGUCACUUGCCAUUUGGAUAUUUUCGUUGAUAAUUUGUUUUUUUUUUUGUUAAACUCUGACAAUAUCAUACACGAGUCGGGCCGACUAUAGAACCGUAUAUACAUUUAUGAUGUCUUUGGUAUGCGUGUGAUGGUAUAGACUUUGAAUAUAACAUCGCAUGACCAACGGCUUCCUCUACUAAGUGGUUUUUUACCUGAAAUGAAUGAAUAAUAACUCUUGGGAUGCGCACAAUUUUAGUGCUACUGUGAACUCGCUUGUUGUCAGCGACCACCUGAUGUUUGCAAACCGAACCGGUGGUAGAAGUAUACAAGUCGGACAUUGUUCCAACAAUUGGACCAGUGGUAAGGUGACUGCAGCAGUCAGCAAGAUGCAAGCAUGGGCCACGGUGGCGGUGUUCCUGGUGACUAUUGGAUGGACUGUUCACGAAACUCAGGCCACCAGACAGCUCCAGGGUCGAUACAACGUUCCUUAUCCAGACAUCUGUCCAAGUGAAAUUUACUGCAAAGGAGAAUUAUUAGAUGAUAUCCAAAUGCAACAGAUGUAUCCAGAUUCUAAGACAUUUGUCGAUAAAAAACUUUUGAGAAGUGAAGCUGUAAUUUUAGAAACCUAUCGUAAUUUAAAACGGCGAAAUAAUGGUCAAGUUCCUCCUAGAUCAGUCCUUGCAAAGUUUGUGGAAGACAAUUUUAUCGAUGAUCCUUUGGUUGAAUGGCAACCGCCAGAUUUUACCGACAACCCAACCAUAAUUGAAUACGUCCAAGACCACAGCUAUAAGCUGUGGGUACUGCAAUUAAAUCAAAUUUGGUUGAGAUUGGCUAGAAGAGUAGACGAAGAUGUGAGAAAAAACCCAGACAGACAUUCUUCUAUUUACUUACCUAACGGAUUUUUCAUAGCUGGUGGUAGAUUCACAGAACUAUAUUAUUGGGAUUCCUAUUGGAUCAUAAGAGGUAUUAUUUUAUGUGAUAUGAAAGAUACCGCAAAAGGAAUUAUUCAGAAUUUUUUGUAUCUGGUAAACAAAUAUGGUUAUGUACCAAACGGCACUAGAAUAUAUUAUUUAAUGAGAUCUCAACCACCUCUUUUAAUUCAAAUGGCAGCAUCUUAUUAUACAUUUACAGAUGAUUUAGAUUUUAUUCAUGAUAAUAUUCAGUAUUUAGAAAAAGAGUUCAAUUUUUGGAUGACUAAUCGAACAGUUAAAGUCGAACAAAAUGGAAAUGUAUAUAUAAUGGGACAGUAUAAUACACAUACAAAAGAACCUCGUCCAGAAUCUUAUUAUCAGGAUAAGACAUUAGCAAUGUCAUUUCCAAGUGAGGAAGACAAAAAUGAACUAUAUUCUAGACUAAAGGCUGGCGCUGAAUCUGGUUGGGACUUUUCUACAAAACAUUACAAUAACUUUGGAAAAAAUACUGGUAAUUUAUCAAAUACAGAUCCACAAAACUUCAUAUACGUAGAACUAAAUGCAAUAUUACAAGCCAACGCAGUAGUACUUGCUCAAAUGUUUAAACUUCUAGGAAACCAAGAAAAAUACAAACAUUAUACUGAAAUUGGAAAUCGAUUUCAAAUAGGAAUAAAUGCUAUAUUGUGGAACGAAGAAGAAGGAAUUUGGCUAGAUUAUGAUCUAACCACAAAGUCACAUCGAAAAUAUUUUUAUACUUCAAAUUUUGCACCCUUGUGGACUGGAAGUUAUGACAGAAAACUGCAAUCGUAUUACGGAAAACGAGCAUUGGACUAUUUACUUCUUAACGGAGUUAUCAAUCAAGAUGGCACUCCAAGGCUUAUUUGCAUUCCAACAUCAAGUGUAAAUUCAACACAACAAUGGGACUACCCUAAUUGCUGGCCGCCUCUUCAAGCUAUGGUUAUUCAAGGAUUAGAUCGUACUCAGUACAAACCAGCACAAACUGUUGCUCUUAAUCUUGCUAAGUCGUGGAUUAAUACAAAUUUUGUAGGAUAUGCUAACACGGGAACUAUGUUUGAAAAGUAUAGUGCACUUGAAGUAGGAACCACUGGUAGCGGAGGUGAAUACACACCUCAAACAGGCUUCGGAUGGACAAACGGAAUUGUAUUUGAAUUAUUUAGAAGAUGGGGACAUGUUUUUAAAUCGAACUGAAUUUUUCCAACUCGUAAAUUUUGUUUUUAAGAUGAUGACGACUAGUACUACGAUUGUCAACUAUCCCUGUCCUGCAUCAAAUGAAUCUAAUGUACUAGACCCGUUUGAACAUAUUUAUUAGUUUGUUUAAAUAUGCUCAAAUUUAACAUUGUAAAAAGUAUAAAUAUUUUAUAUGUAGAUAUAGUAUAGCUGUUAUUAAAAUAUGGUUGUUAAAUAAAACUUGUCAGCCAAUGCACAGGCAUACACACCAUAAA